AUGCGCAGGCGCUCACCCGACCUGAUUUCGAACGCUAAGCCGUUCCUUCUGGAUACGGAUUACAGCAAGCUUGGCAUCGGGGCAACCCUCAGCCAGCUUAACGAAGAAGGUCGCGAGUGCCCGGUUGCAUUUGCGUCUCGCGCACUCCACGGCGCCGAAGCCAACUAUUCUGUCACGGACGGAGAGUUGCUAGCCAUGGUCUGGGCGAUAACGGACAAGUUUCGCUCUUACCUUUUCGGGGGCCCCACUUUUACAGUGCGAGUCGACCACAACCCCCUCGUAUGGCUUCACCAACAGACCGGGCUGACGGGGCGACUCGCGCGCUGGCACUGCAAACUGUUGGAGUUUAACUUCACAGUUGUUUACAGACCGGGUCGGCUCCACUCAAACGUGGAUCCCCUUUCCCGUAAUCCGGUAGCAACCCUACCUUGGGAACAGGACGAAGACCCCGACGAGCUUCCCAGCUAUGCAGCGCCGGAUUUUGAAUACCCACCCUCCCUCCCUCAGGUCUCUUUGUGCGUAGUCGCCCGGGACGUCGACUUUAGCGAGGGGAUGGAAUACUCUCCUUGCACACCGGAUGCAGACUCUCACAUGGACCUUACGCAGGAGGAUAGAGGUUCUCCGGUCAAGAUGACUUGGGAAACAGUGAACGACGGCGCAAGCGACUGGGAGGACAAGUCCGGAGAAGAAAGCGCUAGCGAACGGGAGGAAGUGACUUUCCAACCGCGCAAGCUGUUCGAAGAAGAGGAGGAACUCCUCAUAAUGGAAGAGGAAAUCACCUUCCAGGAUUGGGCGGCUCCGGAGGGGCUCACAAUCCUGACCAUCCUUGCAGGAGAGACCACGGCCUUGGAACCCCCCGAACGAAUGCAGGGACUUCCGGAAAUCCCGGCUCGGGCACGCAUAGUUCUGGAGGAAGAAGAAAUGGUAGAACAGCUGACACGAGACCUGGACAGGCACCUGGGCUUGGACGCACAACAAAUCCUGGAAGCGGCAACACGCAAAGGGGAAGCGGAACUUCCGGAGCCAGAUGGCUUUGAUGCUCACGUCCAGCAGGUCCUAACUCGACGCAGGAACUUUCUGCGAAACGGGGGAGUAAAUACCCCUUUAGCGGAAAGCACUCUAGUGGAAAGAGUGGCCAUAACGAUCCUCCAGUUGCCCGAAUGCGGACCCAGAGGAGAGCGAACGAACGGCCGAAAGCUGACGAGCACAGAGGUAGACCUACCCCUUGAGAAAGUCGGCUUCGACUUGCUCGGGCCAUUCCCCCCAACAACAGAGGGAUACGAGUACGUCUACAUUUGGUACGACUACUUCUCCGGCUGGAUUGGUGCAGGGUUGGGGAAGACCAAGCAGUCUGCGGAGGUCGCGGAGUUCCUUAAAAUGGAUCUCUUUGCGGCCCACGCCUGCCCGGCACUUAUAAUCAUGGACAAUGACGCGCACGUCGGGGAGGUAAAAGACCUCUGCCAACGGAUGGGGACACAAGUGCAGGUGAUUGCCCCCUACUCCCCCUGGAUGAACGGAGGAGCGGAAUCUUCGGUGAAGAUUUUCACCAAGAAUGUUCGCAAGCUGGUGAUUCAGUAUGGACCUGACUGUGUGUCUCACAUCUACGAGGCCUU